AUGCUCAAACUGUUUUGGAAAAGGAUGGACGAGGCGGCGGAGGGAGUAGGAGUGGGAGGGGGUGCCGGACAUGAGGGAGGAGGUUGGACGGAGCGUACGGAGAAGCACGGAGUGGCGCUCGGGGAGCGGGUGGACGAGCAGCAGGCGACGGGGGACGAUUGGGAUGUCGAAGAGCAGGAGGGCGGAGCGGCUGGGCAGGAUUUUGGGAUAGGAGUGCAGCAGCAGGAGGGCGGGGCGGCUGCGCAGGAGGGUGGGGUCAGAGGGCAGCAGCAAGAGGGCGUGGUGGCUGCACAGGAGGGUGGAGCAGGAGGGCAGGAGCAGGAGGGCGAGGAGGCUGCGCAGGAGCGAUUCGUCGCAGUAAGAAGGAGAUACCGCACGGCCAGUGGCAGCGGACAGGCAGGCCCUUCGACGACAUGCCAUUCAACGUCGGCCAUUGCAUCUGGAGGCCAGGUCGUCGAGCUACUGCAGAGGGUCGCGGAGGUCGAGGCGUCGCAGAAGAAGCUCGUCGCCGACGUAUUUGCGAAGCACAUUCCUCCUUCUUCGGUGGGAGGACAUGUCGACAGCCUGGUAGCAUCCCCACCGUCGCGUGCCCGUCAGACCGUCGGCAAGUCCGUCGAGGACAAGGAUGUCAUCGUACUCGGCCAAUCGCCCCGUGAGCAGACCUCCGAAGCGGCACCGAAGCCUCCGCCUAAUACUUUUUCUCCGCUGCGGGACAUGCUGCAGGGCCUCGGGAAAAAGGGUGGGAAAGGAGUGGUUGCGGGGGAGAAAAGUGGUGCCCCAAUAGGCCAGGUCGCCUCAGCCGGGAAAGGAGCCGUGGAAAAGCGAGGUGCCCCUACCCCAUCCAGCAGCGCUGCGGGGAAAGGAGCAGGGGAGAAACGGGGUGCUCCCAGCGAGGUCGCCGUCGCUGCUCGGUUGUUGUCGAAGACAAAGGCCGACUCACCUGCACAGCUUGGCAUUGCUGGCCGUCCUGUCGAGCCUGUGGGAAAGAGGCCGUCGUCCGUUUUAGGCGAUGCCUCCCUUAGCGAACCGGGUUCCCCUCCUCCUGGUCCGAGGCCAAGGCCCCCUUCUGCGUCGAAGAAAAGGCAGGCUGUGACGAAGUCGACGAAGCGGGCUGCAGAGGCAACAGAGAGCAGUGACGUCAAGAUGGCGUCUACCGUCGUUGCUGCUCGACACGAAAAUUCGAAGAAGCCCAAGGUGAUCGGCUACACCCCACCUCCUCUGCCGGACAACCAAGGCAAGACAAGAGGCUGCAAAGCUCCCUUCAAAGGACCGGGCAUGAUGUCGCGCAAGGGGAAGCCGGUUUCCGAGCAGACCGUAGGCUCGAGGAAGCGGUUCCUGGGCACUUUUGAAACGGAGGCAGACCAGAAGUUUUGUACAGCCAUCUGUUGGCGCGUGUACUUCCCGGACAUAGACCUUAAGGAGUACGAGGGGUUCAUGGCGCAGGAUGAGAAGGACUGGAAGGUCUAUCUCGAUGCAGCAGCGCGUAUGCCCACCGGCGUUUGGAGCGUGGCACAAGAACAAGGGGAAUGUCGUUUCGACGAGUGA